UCGCAGGGAGCACUUCCGGGAGGCCCUUCUGCUAGUGAGGCGGCGUUACUGUCCCGUGGAAUCCUCCAGUGAAGAUGGGGAAAGUGAGGGCGCUGCGGGCACGUGUGCAUCGGGCGGCCGUGAGGCCCGACGGGGAGGCUCCGCCCGGCCCUGUGCCCCGCGCCCUGGAGCCGGCCGUCCCACAAGUCUCGGCGGGCGGAGCGGGAGCAAAGGACUGGACAUUGGUUCACAAUGACAUCUUUGCCAGGACACAGAUAGACCCUAGUGCCUUGGUGCAGAGGCUGGAGCUGGACCAGAAGAGUGUGGUGUCCCUAAAGAAAGGUACAGAGCCAAAGACCAUUUUGCCCAAGAAGGAAAAACUGAGGCUUCGCCAUGAGCGGUGGCUACAGAAAAUUGAAGCCAUCAAGCUGGCUGAUCAGAAGCUCAAGGAGGAGCGAAGGCGCAAGGCCACGGUGGUGGUGGGCGACCUGCACCCCCUGAGGGAUGCCCUGCCUGAGCUGCAGGAACUGGAGGCCAGUCGACAGCAGCAAACCAGAAGGAGGGUGACCAGCAAGCCCAGGCCAGUGGAGCUUAGCCGGAUGAGUACAGCCCAGAGACAGCAGCUCCUUGAGGAAGAAAGGACCCGUUUUCGGGAGCUGCUGGCCAGUUCAUCCUACAGAGCCAGUCCCCUGCUGGCCAUCGGGCGGCAGCUGGCCCACCAGAUGCAGCUGGAAGGUGGCAACCAACUCUAACCAGGACAGUGUGUGCUGUGAGAUCCUUGGACUCACAUGUGGGUAGAGGUGCCAGCAGCUCUUGAAUUCUGUCCUGUACCUGCGUGGCCGCCUGACCAGUCUGAGACCUAGGGAAGGGGACGGAAGAGCUGCUGGAGGACAAAUAAAGUGACCUGUGGCCUGUGCUUCUGUGACCUGCAGCCUUCUGGGGCUUCACUUCCCACUGAGAGCCAGCCACGCCUGGAUUUCCGGCACUGACCUGAUUCUGGGACAGCUGUCCUGGGCAUCUGCAGAACAAGCCCAGGGUCCCCCGCUAGUGGGGGGUGGGGGAGAGGAGUUGGGUGGUUGCUCAUGUGUAGAUUUGCAGGGGCUAUCCCAGUGUGAAUGGGGCCUAUCAAGUAAUUCCAUCCCUGAGACCAUGGCACUACUCCCCAACUCUGUUUGGGACCCUGGUCACAACAGGGCAGCCCAGCUGGCUGCCUUGCUUCUCACAUGGUCUGCCUUCACCCAGGCCACACCUACUUGUGGCUUUGGCUUCUCUCAGCCCAGGCUGCUCGCUGCUGCCAUUUAGUACAAUGAUCAGGGAAACAAGUGGUCCCGCCUGGAGGCAGAACAGGCCCAGCCCUGUGGUCGCUUGACUGGUGGCAAGAUAGACUCGUGUUAACAUUUGUGGGCUCUCAGGAUGUGAAAGGCAAGGGCAGCACCCACAGAUCCCAUCACCCACACUGACCCAUAUCCCACCUUACAUCUGGAAGGUGCUGAUGUGACUUCUCACCCCCCCCACCCCAAGGUGAUCCCUAGACUUUUACAGGGGCACCCACAUGCUCAGGCCUCAUCCUCAUAGGUCUCCUGCCCCAUAAGUGAGGACUAGCAGCAGUGGAGCCUGGGCAGAGCAGAUGAGGACCCCAGUCCUGGUAUGGACAUCAUAGGGCCUUGGUGAAGGUAAGAGAGAAUAGAUCUGAACUGGGUGUGGCAGAGGCAGACAGAUCUCUGAGUUCAAGGCCAGCCUGAUAUACAGAGCAAGUUCCAGGACAGCCAGAACUACACUGUCUCAAAAACAAACAAAUAAAUUAACUAAUUAAAAAAAAAAAAAGUGUGGCAAGGCCUGGUCACAGACUCAGAUUCCUUCUGUCAGAGGCCAUUUCCCAUUUCAGCCAUCUGCUGAGACACUGGAGCUGCCUUGCUGGCGGGGACUAGGGGCUCAUGAAGAGAAACCAUGUGUGCCUUAACCCACCUGUGGUGCAAGUGCUGUUCUGUGUGGCUGGCACUGCUUACAGUUUCCUGUCUUCACACUCUGUGUGCUGAGGUUUCUGGGAUACGACUUGAAGUGACCCCAGUCUGGCCCUGGUUGCUAACGCACUUUCAUGAUGCCUGCUGCAACCUAGGGCCAUCCUUCAGGGUUCUACCUGGGAGAGCAUUCCACAGGCCAACUUCAUGUACAGGACAAUUGCAGCAGGUCAGGGCCAGUCCAGCAGAGGACACGUGCAUGGACUGAGCAGGAGAGAAGUCAAGCGGGCAUCACUGGAACUGCCUCAGAAACGCUGCAAAGGAGUGGCCCAAGGUGACGGUGUGUGAGAGCAGAGUGUCUCUCAGCUGGCCAGAGACUGAACACCGCGGGCAGGCAGGGGUUUGUUGGCUGUGGUUACCCUAUUUUACUUCAGGCAAAGCAUGUGCUCUCACACGGAUGGACGCGGACGGCAGAUCCAAAGAAAGCGGUUCCCUGCGUGGGUGAUGGAAGUUUGCUGUUUUUGUAUUUCUUGAUCUUUAUAGAAUGAAUUACAUAGCAAUACAUUUCUGUGAAAACA